AUGGCAGCUACUAAAACGCUUAAAAAGGAAAAUGCAGAGCUUCGUCUAGAGAUUGAUAAACUACAAAGCAAGAUUAACCAAAUUUCUGAAAACAUUUCUCAAAGAAACGUAAAUUCAGAAGGGACUCAUCAUAGUGGCCACACUGCAAGCAUGUUGGAUAAAGAGAAGGAUAAGUCCGUAGAGUUUAUCAGCGCCAAGUAUGACAAGCUUGUCUUGUUUAAAACUAAUACGAUCACUGAAUUGAAACAAAUUAAAUCCGAAGUCAAU